CGGAGUUUAUCGGUUUUUCUUCGUAGACGCGUCCCAAUGGAAACUAAAAUUGCAAGAUUUUCCAGUGUUCUCGGGAUUUUUCUUGUGUCCGCCUGCUUCUCGUUGCGAACCAAAGCGGAAUUUAAUCCCAAAAGUUUCGAACGAAAAUUAAUUGCCUUAGAUAAGGUUCUCACUUACAUUAAUGAUAGACCACAUCAGAUGAACGUGGACGCCACGUUUUGCGUUACCUUAAGCGAAGUUAACUUAAUGGCGGCGCUUUUCCAUGAGAACGUACAAUAUUUGGAAAGUAGAUUCUUCAUCGCACUCAAAGAAAUGGUUGCGUUAUCCAAUUUGACCCGAAAAAAUUUGAUGAAUAAUGUUGUCCCGACGAGCGAGAUCGAACUUUCGCUGCAAUCGACUUUAAACAAUCUUACCUUGUGGAUGAGACCUAUAUGGUGGUCAAGAAUCUUUCCAAAAGAUAGACCCACUCCCGACGAGGAAUUAAAUUAUACGCAAGUCGUUAAAUCCAUUCGACAUGGAUGGCCAAAUGAAACAGAGAGUGAUCAAUGUUUGCUCAAAAUUACGCGUAGCUCUUUAAAUGGAGAAUGUCAAAUUCCUCAGACUUGCGCCGAAGCAUUGAUAAGGAACGAUGACGUUACGGGAUACUCUCUCACACAUAGAUUGCUUAUUAUCCAAAUCGCUGAAAAAUUUGGAUGUCGAGAGACUAGAUCAUUGCCAUUUUCAUACUUGGUACCAGCAUUUUGCGCCAGAAUCUUUCAGGAUCUCGUUAAUCUUGAAGCGUGGAAUUUUCCAGACGUUGGACGAGAUCUCAUGAUUGAGCAAAUUGUUCUGUGCGGUAUGAAAGGUUAUUACGAAUUUCUCGAUAAACAUUAUGAAGAUUUGAUAUUAAGCUGGCCUCAUUGGAGCGGUUGCUUUAAUUUACAAGGGUUUCCAGAGGAUCAUAAGAUAACUCGGCGAUCAUCAUCAGUAACCGAUUUUGGAUGUAGUAAUCAUAUAACAGGUCUUGCCGCUGGGAGUCUUUCUUUAUUUAUCCGAGAAAAUGUAGAAAAUGAACUCGGCCCAUAAAUCUUCCUAUUUUUAAAAAGCAUUUUCUUAUCAAAUAUUUAUUUUCAUCGCAUCUAAUCUUCUUCGUUAAAUAUUUUUUUAUUAAAUGACAAGAAUAAAUAUUUAAGAUCGCUUAAUUUAGAAAAUAAUCAAUUUAUACUGCUAAUGAAAAAUAUUCAACGAAUUCUUUGUAUUUUUUUAAACAAAACGUACAAAAAAAUGUAUAUCAUAAAAAGAAAUUCUCGGGAAAAUUGUGCAACUAUCAGGCAUGAUACUGGACGAGAAAAAGAAAUAAUCUAUACUUAUGAGAAAUAAUAUUAUAAAACAAAAGUUUGAAAUAUGGCACAUGUUGUACAAAAAAUAAAAUAUUAGUAAGUGGAGAUUCAUUCUUUAUAACAAUAUUACAAAAAAUUUUGUAUCUCGCAAAACAUCUCUGCUUUUCUUGAUGAAUAAGAAAGAAAAGAGUUGAUUGUUUGAUUAUAUAAUUUAAAAACUCUUAUUACUACUGUUAUGUUGAUGAUCUAACAAUGAGUAAGGCAGUGUUUUUUGCAUACUAUAAAAUAAACAAAUUAUAAACUUAUAAUAACAUAAGUCAAUUAGUUAAUUCAUUAGUUUGUUAAUUAUCUAUCUUUUUCUCUUCCUUUCUUUCAUUAUUUAUAGAAAGUGAAAAUAUAUAUAUAUAUAUAUAUAUAUAUAUAUAUAUAUAUAUAUAAUAAUCUCUGCUUAUAUAUAUUACUUGAUACUUAAUUUAAUAAAAUAAAUGUUUAUU